UGAAGCUGAAGUUAACCACCCACCCAUGCGCGUUAGCCAUCGAUGGCACGAACUAAGCAAACUGCCCGGAAGUCUUUACACGUGUCGGUGAUUCAGCACAGGGCUUCUGAUGAUUCAGAAGACAGCGGAGAUGGUCGUACAGAAUACGAGGAAAAGGAUGGUGAUGAAGGGGUAGGGGAUAGGGAAGACGACGAAGAGGAGGAAGACGGAGUGGAGGGUGCAAUUGUCGAUAUCAAGGGCGCACUAGCCGAGGUCAUGACGGGGGAUCUCGAAUUCGUCGGCGAAUUUUCGUUCAACAAAAGAUAUCCCACUGCGCCCAACCCAGUAUUAAGCAUAGACGGCCUGGGGACUCUCGGCCUCCCGCUCAGUACACGGGAAGCGGACACGAUAAAGACGUUCGCCAAGAAAGCCCCCUUCGGCAAGGCAGACAAAACGAUCGUGGAUAAGUCUGUUCGGGACACGUGGGAGAUCGACGCGUCGAAGGUGCACUUUAGGAACAAAAAUCCGUGGGCCAAAUUCAUGAAAGAGACUGUGCGCGACGUAUGCGAGGCUCUUGGGGUGAAUCACAAGGCCAGCAAACCGCGAUACGAGCUUCAUAAGCUGCUCCUCUACGAGGCGGGUUCACACUUCCUGCCUCAUGUCGAUACAGAGAAGGCGGACGGCAUGUUCGCCACCAUCGUGGUUGUUCUUCCUUCUGAGUUCACGGGCGGCGCAGUGCACAUCAAGCAUAGCGUCAUGCAGGUAUGCUACGACACAAGCGCGCACAGCUUGACCGACACCUCCGUUCUGGCCUGGUACACGGACGUGGAACAUGAGGUCAAAGAGAUCACCAGCGGAUACCGCCUCGUACUCUCCUUCAAUCUCAUCCAUACCACCAAAGCCCUACGUCCGGCAUUGCGUCCGAACACUCUCGCUGCUCGCCUCCAACCCGCCCUGAGUGCGUGGCAGCAGGGGGAUAGCAACAGAUACGCCCCGCUGGAAAUCAUAUAUCUGCUCAACCACAAAUACACCCCGGCGGAUCUCCGAGGCAGCACACUCAAAGGCGUCGAUGCGCACCUGGUGGCCAUCCUGAACGACGUCGGAAAACAAUACGGGAUCCGUAUCGGCCUCGCCAGCCUCACCUGCACCGCGUCGGGCACGGCCGAUGACCUUACCCGCCGUGGCGGAAUAAAUAGCGAUGAUUACGAUGAAAUGGCAACCCCACCCCGAAGCGACGACUCACAGGUCACUAUGGAGAAAAUCGAAGAAACCGAACUCACAAUCGAGCAUCUCGUCGACUUGGACGGGAAGCUCAUUCGACAGGAUUUCGACUACGACCUGAAGACCGAGGCUAUCCCAAACGACCUGAUCAAGCAGGUCAUAAAAGGAGAGUACGACGAGCAGGACUACGGGGGAUUCAGGGGCAACAUGGCCGGCAGUCUCGAGCGAACAUAUUUGCGCACAGUGCUUAUUAUGUGGCCCGCAUGGGCGCAUAUCGACAUCCUGUAUGGCUCGGGCCCGGGGGGCCUCUCGGAUGCAUGUGAAACCAUCCAGCAAUCGACGACCCGGAAGCCCACUGAGGAAGAAACAGAGCUCGCGAGUAUGAUACUGGCGCGGGCUACCCCCUCCGACAGCGCUGCAGUUGUCAAAGGCGUGUGUUUCGCCGCGAUUCGGUGGAAGGACCUGUCACUUUGGCUUCGUGCUGUGAAGGCCUGCGACGCCGAACGGUCGAUAAAGAUCCUCGGUGAAGACCACAUCUACAGCGCUAUCGCUGCCUUCGACUUUGCGAAGGUCAGGCCUUGCUUGGAACAGGCUCUGGACCGGGACCCCUCCAACGCCGGAGCUCUGCAAUUUCUGACGAACCUGGCGGCUUGGGUCGCAGGUAAACGUUCAAAGAAAUUGAAGAAUGCCACCAAAGGCUGGAUUCCAGCGCAGCGGACGAAGCUGCGGGACGCGGGGAAUGCGAUGGCGAAAGCGCCGGCACACGCACCCCGCGCGAGUGGGUCUGGCUCCAGGCCCGCGCCCGUAGACGAUUCGGCACACGCACAGAGCAAGCGCAGGAAGGUGGCGUACGAUGAAGAGGAUGUCAUUGACCUCACCUAA